AUGGGCAGGCAGGACGAGGCCCAGGAAGACGAUGAUCAGAUCAAGAAGCAAACCUACAACGAUGAUGCCGAGAUUGAGGGCCAGAACAACAACAAUACCAAUGAUGAGGGCAAAGAAGGACAAAAGCAACAUAAUAGCCCCUGGACAGUCUCACCAUGCACGCAUUGUCUCCUCUCCAAGUGGACGUGCGUGCCCUACUGGGAUGGCUCAAGGACAUUCCAGAUGUUAGUUUUUUGA